AUGCGGUCGAGUCAUAGGCACAUCCAGGAACCUGGGGAAGCAUUCUCAAGCGAUGAGGUCUUAGCCACCGCAUCUGGCGGCGGAAACAGCGGAGCACUUCUUGCUAGAACAGUAUCAGGAACGAUCCUCACAGCAGGAGUGGCCGCGUCGCCUGCUGACGUGUCAAUAUCGAACGGGGUCACGGGAGUCGUGGACACCCUACUGGCAGCUGAAGGGUCCCGUUUUCUACGGCUGACUUCCGCUUUUACCGCGUCGUCUAGUGGCGACAUCGCGUCUGGUAGUAGCAGUAGCAGUAGCGCGUUUGGCGGCCCAGGCGUGGCGCAAGCGCUGUGCGAACUCAAACCCGCGGCGCCAACCAGCAACGACUCGCAGCAAGCGCAGGAGGAGCGCUCCCCGCGCCAGCUGUCCCUCUCGUUCUUUGCGCGCGCCAGCCUGUGCGCGGAGGCGGAAGGGGGAAUGGAGCGGCUGUUGAAGGUGCUGCUGCUGGCAGUUCCGCUGAACUCUUCCGCUGCCGCCGCAGCAGGCGGAGCGGAGGAGCAGUUCUGGAGCUUUCGGUUGAAGAGAGCAGCAGGGGCAAGGGCAGCAGCAACGCCCGCAGUGUCAACAGCUGGUGGGACCUCAGCAGGCGAUGCCGUACCUGCAUCCCAAACUGCUACAGUGGCAGCAGAGGGUGUGGGAGAGACAGCAAGAGCAUCAGCACUCGCUGUUUCUGCGGGUACGGGAGGGGCAGGAGGAGCAGGAGGGGUGAAUGUGGUGAACUCAAGGAGAGAGGGAGUGGCGUCGGAGGGAGGGAGCAUUGCCGUUGACCUCGCGUCUGUCAUGCCUGCUCGUUCCGACCCCUCCCCUCUCAAGUCCUUCUCCCACUGGCCGCUCUCCAGCGCCCACCCGCUCCUCACAGCCGGCUCAACCCGUCGCAACCGCUCCUCCCUCUCCCUCACCACGCUCUCCGACCUCAACGCUGCCGCCCUCGCGCUGCACCCCACCCCCUUCGCCCUGCUCGCCCCCGCCACGCCCUCCUCCCCCUGCCGCCCCUUCUCCUUCUCCACCUCCUUUACCUUCCGCAUCUCCUCCCCCAAUGCCGCCGGGCUGGGCGGCGAGGGCUUGGCGUUUGUGAUGCUGCCGACGCCUACGCUCGGCCUGCCGGGGCCCUCCCUGGGCUACGGCCGCCUGCUGCUGCCCCCGGGGAGCACAACUGGCACUGAUGACUCACAGGUAUGUGUCAUCUCAGGUCUUGGCAGCAAUGGGAUGGCGUUUGUUGUGCCACAGCAGCACAGGAGCCUGGCGGUUGAAUUCGACACAUCGGCCUCCCCCGAGUUUUGGGACCGCCCCGACCACCACGUGGGGGUGAACCUGCACGGCAGCAUGCUCUCUCUCGCCUCUGCCCCGGUGCACCCCCUCGGCAUUCCGUCCCUCAACGCCGGUCAGACCCUCCUCGCCACCAUCCACUACAACGCCUCCUCCUCCCUCCUCACCGUCUGGCUCUCCCCCGCCCCCUCCUCCUCCCGUUCCCCCUCCCCCUCUCGCGCCUUCCCUCGUUUUCCGGGUUUCCCUGGCUUCCCUCGGUCGUCUCGCCCCUCCUCCUCCUCCCCCUCCGCCUCCACCUCCCCACCUCUCCCGCGCUCGGCCGUGCUGAGCACAUUCCUGGACACCUGCGAGUGGCUGGGGGGGAACGACCCGGAGGCGGCAGCGCCCCCCCCGCCGCUGUUUGUGGGAUUCACAGCGGCCACGGGCAAGGGGGCGGAGCAGGCUCAGGCACAUGAGGUGCUGGGGUGGACGUUCCAAGUGGGGGAGGCAGCGGAGGAUCCGCUUCCGUUUUGGGCGGCAGACUCAUUCUCCUUCCCCUACAUCACGCCAGCCACUCCCCUGCUGACACUCACUGACUUCUGCAACCACUCUCCCGUGCUCCCCUGCAGCAUGAGCACAUGCGCUAAGGCGCUAUCUUUUGACAAGUCUCAAAAGCCCCCUCACACUCGCCUUCAUCCCUCCUUUUCGCACACGCAUCCUCACCCCCUCUCUGUCCCCGCACACCCGCCCUCACCCCUCUUGGCAGACACUGACUUCUGCAACCACUCUCCUGUGCUCCCCUGCGGCAUGGGCGCAUGCUCUAAGGCGCGCUCCCCGUGGGACCCCUCUGUCCUGCUGCCCUCCUGCAAGUGCGCCUUGAAUCUCCCCUCCUUUGAGCCCACUCACCUCACUGGCCUGCCCUCCUGCUUCCCUGAGGCCUACACGUGUCGCCAGCUCUCCAGCAACCCCUGCGCCCCAGGAGUGUGUAUCGAUGGCUUAGAUGGCAGCUACUCCUGCCUCUGCCCUUCGCCCUACUUCUUCUUCACAUUUUCUCCCAAGGGCUCUGCCAGUUGCUCCCUGGUCCAAGCGGAUGGCAUGCGAAUGCCAACCUUCCUGUCCCAGUUUGGUCUCACAUGCCCCCUCAUUCUCAAUACUUUUGGAUUGACACAGACCCAGUUUUUCAGCGAAAACAAGGGCUUCCAGUGUCGAGCUCCCAUUCCUGCUGGCACCCUGGUCAACGUCACCAGCCGUGCUUUCUCCAAAUGUACAGCAAUGUACACUGUUAAUCAUGGCGACACCUGUGACUCCAUCAACGCGCUCUUCGACACGCAGAUAGAGCCGCUCAACCCCGCGCUCAGCUGCUCCGAUGGGCCACGGCACGGGCAGCUUCUAUGUGUGGCGUUUGACCAACAGUGGUACGACGCCGGAAAGAUAAGCACAAAGUGCACGCACUUCGCUCACAUCUCGCCAGCACCACUCUCCAGCAGCCUGCAGCAGACAGCCCCAUUCACCGUAGAGGACGCACUCAUAAGCGAGCUUGAGAGCCCACAGACCUGCCAGGGGCUGUGGCAGGCCUUCAGCCUCGCCUCUCCCACGCGCUUCUUCCAGCUCAACCCCGGCCUUCCGUGCGACUCGCUGCUGCCUGACAGCCCGCUUCAGGGCAACACUGUGACUCGGGUGGGUGGGAAAGCUGUUACCAAGUGUAUGGGACCAGGUGUAUGGGACCAGGUGUAUGGGACCAGGUGUAUGGGACCAGGUGUAUGGGACCAGGUGUAUGGGACCAGGUGUAUGGGACCAGGUGUAUGGGACCAGGUGUAUGGGACCAGGUGUAUGGGACCAGGUGUAUGGGACCAGGUGCAUGGGGCCAGGUGUGUAUGGGACCAGAUGUAUGGGACCAGGUGCAUGGGACCAGGUGCAUGGGACCAGGUGUAUGGGACCAGGUGUAUGGGACCAGAUGUAUGGGACCAGGUGCAUGGGACCAGGUGUAUGGGACCAGGUGCAUGGGACCAGGUGUAUGGGACCAGGUGUAUGGGACCAGAUGUAUGGGACCAGGUGCAUGGGACCAGGUGUAUGGGACCAGGUGUGUCCGAGGCUUCCUGA